UAUCCCGGCCUUGUGGCACACUUGACUGGAGAUGUAUAAAGAGAGGAGGAUGUGAAGAAAGAAGAUAUCUACCACCAAGCUAAUUAAGCAAAAGAAGAAGAAGAAGAAAGAAGAAGAAGAAGAUGCAGACCGCUGCUAGCAGUGUCGUUGGAUUGUCGGCCGUGUUGCCCGCUGCUGUGAAGGGGCGCAGCCUGCAGAUUCAGGCUCCUCGCCGUGUUGCGUUGCGCGUUCGUGCGGCGGCGGCGGCGGUGGCAGUGGAGGCUGCGGAGGUGGACUACAGCUCUAACAUCUCGGUGUUUCCGAUGGAGGCGUGCGACCUCAUCGGCGGCGAGGCGUGCAACGUGCAGAUGUACCCAGAGGCCAAGCUCUCAUCAUCGGCUGCUGUUGCUGUUUCUCGUGCGGCGGCGGAGGAAGUCGACAGGGACUACCUAUCCUACGACGAGCCCACCACGGUGUUCCCCGAGGAGGCGUGCGACGAUCUGGGCGGAGAGUUCUGCAAGGCCACCUGAUCCCAUUCCCAUCCAUGGAGAAUUGGAGUCUUCUAUCAUCCUUCCUCCUCUGCUCCACUACCUUAAUUCCAUGUAGCUACAGAUUUAUAUGUUAAUCAUCAUGUAAUGGUACAUAUCUCCUUGUUAAUAAGGCACGCUAGUCUAGCUCCUCAAAAUGAUUUACAAUAAUAUAAUAUUUACAUACAUAUAAUACACUUACUCCAUCGAACAAUA